AGCAGAAAUUUCAUCAUCGUAAUGUGUCCUUUAAGAUUCAUCUUGGUGUUUUUUUCGGCAUUGUUGGCCGGUUAUUUAGCUUGGAGAACGGUUCGUUCUUCCGAUGAUCUGGAUUUCGCAAUUCCCGAGGAUGAAACAACGAAAAGCAAAUCAGAGGAAGAGAGACGAGAAUCUGAUUCUGGUGAGGUGAAAUUUCACAAGUUUCAGAAGAUUCAAAACGGAUUUUGGGUUUUUGUGGAUAUGGCAAGUGGGAAAUAUUUAUGGAGGAAUCUAAAGUCGAUGAACAAUGUUGUUGACAAGACAAAUUAGGAGCUCAGGUCCAAUUGAAUCUUGUGGCGGCUAUGGAUGAAUUGAAUUAAAGUUUAUUUUGUUUUAAUUUGUAGAUUAAUAGAAUGUAUAUUAAGGAUUUCUCUUCCUCUUAUCUUUUGGUGUAUUAUGCAGAUCCAAAUUUAAUGGAAAUCUGUUUUCUGCAA